CCCUCCUUGUUCACGAAUCUAUCGCCCAUAUAUCAAACGCCGUCACGUCGACCCUCAGCCGUCUCACAAGACAACGCAGCCACGCGUCAACCACCGUAACUAAUGCAGCUGCUUUGCCGUCCAGAGUCUCACACAUUUCAAGCAAAGCAACAGAAAGAUUUUGCCGUUUCGUCUCCUUCGGCCAUGGUUGUAAUUCAUAGUGAGGACUGAGGAUACAACAAAUACGGCAGGGCACUAGUGGAUUUCUAGGGUUUUAAGGUCAUCAAAUCGAAUCAAAAGAUUGGACACCAAGAUCAUACACACCUCACCAAAAUACGAUUUUUUAUUGAUAUCCAUAAAUAAAUUAUGACUGCUCGUAUCAAUGGGUCGGUCCAGGAUUCUGACAAUUAAUACGGUACAUUGAGAUCCGACCCGCACCGGGUUCGUAUGGCACUGCAAAUAAUUUGAAAUUAGAACUUCACUGCCAGCUCGCCCCUUCUGCCAGACGAAGGUUAGAGAUGGAAGGUGGAGGUACGAGAGGCAAAGGUUCGUCGCCACCGUCAACUAAGCCGUCCAAGUUCUCCGUCUACCAGAACCCGGUGUUCUCCUCCGCCCUAACCACCAACAGCCUCCGCCCCUCUAAAUCCACUCUUCUUUCCAUCUUUUUCCUCUCUUCUGCUUCUGCCGUCGCUUUCCUCACCAUCUCUUCCGGGGGAAACAAAAUAAUCAACAAGUUGAGAUUUCGAAGCUUUUCCGAAGAGGCAGCUUAUUUGUUUGCCAAGGCAAUACAGAUAACAGUGGGUUUAGUUUUUAUUGGAACUAUAAGUGCCUUAUUCAAAGCCAUCUCCUUAUGUAAGUCAAGCAAUGUGGCUGGUGUUCCGGUUCUAUCUCCCUCUAAAGAAACUAAGGAUCAACCUUACUUAUCAAAUCGUCAACUAGGGCUUUUGGGAAUAAAACCAAAGGUUGAACCAAUUUUUACUGAUUCUUUAAAGAAACCUCCUAAAUACAAACCCUAUUCAGCAUCAGCAUCUCUAGACGUCCUUUUUCCUCUACAUCAGCCAAUGAUGGGUUCAAACAUUAAGCCAAAAGUUGUCUCUGAUGAAUCAAAUUCCAGCAGUGGGGAGAAGCUAAAUUCUUACAGUACUCCAUCCAAGUCACAGGGCUCUCCAUCUUCUUUAUAUCUUGUCCCUGCAGCCAGCUCGCCUCUACGUUCUGUUCAAACUUCAUCAGUGCCAGACUCAGUCAGUUCAACACCUUGGUCAAGUAAACGAGGAUCUGCCAAAGACAUAACAACCGAAGAACAGCUUGAACAAUUCUUGGCUGAAGUAGAUGAAAAAAUAACUGAAUCAGCAGGGAAACUAUCAACUCCCCCACCCACAAUCAGUGGAUUUGGAGUGAAAAGUCCAAAUACCAUUACUAGUUCUGUUAAUUCAUCUGGAACCACAGCAAGGAGUACACCCUUGAGAACUGUCAGGAUGUCACCUGGUUCCCAGAAAUUUAGCACUCCCCCAAAGAAAGGAGAAAGUGAACUUCCUUCAUCAAUGACCUUGGAAGAAGCUAUUGAAGUUUUCAAGCAUUUGGGUAUCUAUCCUCAAAUUGAGCUGUGGCGUGACCGCCUCAGACAAUGGUUUUCUUCAGUUUUGGUUAAUCCUCUGCUUAACAAGAUUGAAACCAGUCAUAUUCAGGUAAUGCAAGCAGCUGCAAAACUUGGUAUUUCAAUUACAAUAAGUCAAGUGGGCAGUGAAACGCCCUCGGGAGGAACUGCUGCGGCUGUAUCUUCGACUGAUAGGACUAAGGAAUGGCAGCCAGCAUUUACUCUUGAUGAAGAUGGACUUCUCCAUCAAUUACGUGCAACUCUUAUCCAGGCUCUUGAUGCUUCCAUGCUGCCUAAUCCGCAACAGUUCCUGCAGCAAAAUCCCAUGACUCCUGUUAUGCAGCAGUGUGUGGAUGCCAUAACUGAGCACCAGAGACUUCAGGCAUUGAUGAAAGGCGAGUUAAUCAAAGCUCUGCUACCUCAGAGCAGCGUUCGGGCAGAUUAUAUGGUACAAAGGAUCCAAGAGCUUGCUGAAGGAACCUGCUUGAAGAAUUACGAAUAUAUUGGAAGUGGAGACAAGUAUGACAAAAAGAACAAGAAGUGGACUUCCGAACUUCCCACUGAUUCGCACUUGCUCUUAUAUCUAUUUUUUGCUUUUUUAGGGCACCCAAAGUGGAUGCUACACGUAGAUCCCACAUCUUAUACUGGAGCACAGUCUAGCAAAAACCCUUUGUUCAUUGGGAUCCUGCCUCCAAAGGAAAGCUUUCCUGAGAAGUACAUCGCUGUCAUACCCGGUGUUCCCUCAGUUCUUCAUCCAGGGUCUUGCAUAGUGGUUGUUGGAAGACAAAGCCCUCCAAUCUUUGCCUUGUACUGGGAUAAGAAGCUGCAAUUCUCUUUUCAGGGAAGAACAGCAAUCUGGGACUCAAUCUUGAUUUUGUGCCAUGAAAUUAAGGUUCAAGAUGGAGGUAUAGUUCGGGGAAUGCAUCUUGGUUGUUCAGCCUUGAGCAUCCUUCCAAUUCUUGAAUCAGAAACUGAAGACUGACAGUGUGUUAGGCCAUGCUUCUCAUUUGUGCAUCAUGCCUAAUUAGUGAGCCAAAGUUCUCUUGCAAUAUUCUAUUAGAUUUCUUACAACUGUAGAAAAGAUCCACGUACCAUCUGAAACUUGCUCUGCCUCCACUCAAAUGCAAUUUGCCAUUGCCGUUCCUCCCAGCCAAGUUCCUGCAAGCUCAAUGUUAUUGGAUGCUUCUCACACAAGUAUGAAUGUAUGAUACAUUUACAAAAAUUUCAUGGCGGAGGAAUUUUGACUGUUCGGACUCUGAAGAUGCAUUUUCCCAAUCAUCUUCACGCUGCUGGAGAAACCCAAUGCCUUUUUCUGUUUCUUCUUUCAGAUGAGCCUGUAUAUUAUAUUGUUCCAGGUUUCUUAGAACUGGCAAGUUUCAGAGAAAUGAGAAUGUGCACUUUUUUUC